CAUCUCAGGAGCGAAGGUCAAGGUCAGAAUAAUAAACGGAGAGAGAGAGAAAGCAGUGCUCAGGAGAAAAGAACCGCUGAAGGACUGCACUUUAUGACAAUUGGAUGGAGUAAAAAGCAACCUUGCUGAUUCACAGGCACUGGUUCUCUGGAUGUGACAGCAGUAAGGCAUGUAACAGGUCAGCUUGCAUCAGAUGAAGAGAAACCACAAUGAAUUUCUCUGCACUUAAAACUCUCAUGAACCUGGAGACCAACUGUACUGGCGGGGUACCAUGGAUACUGGAUAUAUUAGGGGAGUGCGUCUUGGAUACCAAGACCUACAUAUCCGUCAUUUUGGGAAUGUUGUCUCUGUUUAUUUUCAUCAUAGCGGCUUCCCCUCAGCUAAUAACCAACUGCAGGACAGGCAUUGUAGAUGAGGCGAUCUCUAUAGGAUUAAUACUGUGCUGGCUGGCGGGAGAUUCCACAAACCUGAUUGGAUGCUUUCUGACGGACCAGCUACCACUACAGAAAUGGUCAGCUAUUUACUACGUGCUGAUUGAUAUGUUGCUGCUUGGUCAGUAUGUUUACUGCAAAUGGAAACACAUGAGACGUAACAGAAGAUUAAAAGUCCACAGUGUUAACAUUCAAGAUGAAGGUGUCUCCCACUCACGUCUCCUGCAGUGUAUAUUUGCCCUGUGGGGCAUAUCGUACAUUGGGAUCAGUCUAUUACCAUUCCAAGCCACUGCCACAGAACAAGUGUCAGUUAUCAGUCACAUGAGACCUGCUGGUAGGACACUAUUACAGGAAACAGAACACCAUACUCCGGGACCUGUUUUCACAGGUACAGGCGAUAUAAUAGGCUAUGUGUGUGGUAUCAUAUCCACAUGUUUUUAUAUGGGGUCCAGACUGCCACAGUUACUACUCAAUUUCCGCCGUAAGUCAACAGAGGGCGUUAACAUAGGCAUGUUCAUCCUGAUUGUGAGCGGCAACCUGACCUACGGCAGCAGCAUAAUAGUGAAGUCCACGGAGGAAGUGUUUAUACUCCAACACUUACCCUGGAUAGUAGGAAGCUAUGGCAUGAUUCUCAUUGAUAUCAUUACAUUCUCUCAGUUUUACUAUUACCGUGGCAACAAGGCAAUACACCUGGAUGAAAACACUGAGGAUUAUGAGAAUGAAUCAGAGAAACCUUUAUUGGAUGAAGAUGAGCAUAGUGUAGAAUACUGAUAUUAUUAUGGUGCUAAAAGUUUUGGUUUUAGGUCUUAGAAGUAUGAAAUUAGCAGUAUUUCAUCAAAAGAAAAACAUGGACUGGAAAUUUAAAAUUAAACUCAUUGCUUUAUUAAUCUUUAUGUACAGCUGCCUCACAAUUGUGAUAUUCAACUUUUAUUAGAUCAAUUUCUUUUCAUUCAUUUAUAUGAUAAACUAGGGUUUAAUGUAAAAUAGAAAUCUGGCUUAAAGGUGUUUAAGAGAUGAUCGAUGAUCAUAAUUCAAGACUGAAAGCUGUAUACUUUUCUGAAGCACUUUAAAAUGUCAUACAAACUGGAUGUUUUAGAGUCCGUAAAAUUAUGUAUGACUGAUGCUUUAAAUCCCAGUGUAGCUCUAUUUCUCAUUGAAUUUGAACAAAAUUAGAUGAUAUUAGUGAUACACAGGCAUUCGUAACUUAGCUGGGUUUAAUGUUUGACAUUCCAUUCUAUUAUGCACAGAUGCAAAAGCUAAUUAAAAAAAGAAUUUUUUUUUUGGGGGGGGGGUGCAGAGAAUGUUAUGUAUGGUAGUCAAGUUGAUAAUAUUCUAUUAAACUUGACAAAUAUUUGUGUUCAGAAAACCACAAACACUGUCAAUCCUUUUUUUUUUUUCAAAGAUUUCUCCCUUAGUUCAACUACAAAUAGUUUAUUAUGAGAAAGGAAAUCUUACAGCAGUGAAUGGCCUUAAAUUAUUGGAAUGAACAUGAUAUUCAUAGGCCUAUGGUAAAUACUCCCUGAAUUCAAACAAAAUGGACAUUUUUUCCAAAAAGUUUUUAAAUAAUACUCCAAUACACAGAUUCCUCAAUUUUUCUUGGAUUCCAGUAAGAGUGUAUGUUUUGUGGGCUGUAAAAAAAUGGAGUAAAUAAUUGUUUGAAUUUAAGAAGUUAUUACUAUGCCUUUGAUAUUGUACCUUUUUAGAACAAACAAACAACAUAGUGCAAUAAUAAUUUAUUUCAGUCAGAGGGGGCUGGAAAAAAGGCAUAGUUAUAAAAUAAUUUUAUUUUUUGUUAUAGGUUUACUUACUAUAAGCAAAAGAAAGAGAGAGAUAAAACAGAAAGCAUCUCAAGUUCAAAAAGUUAUUUUUUAAGUCCUGUUUAUUCUAAUGGUAAAAUCUGAACGUGCUUGCAUGUGUUCACUGUAACUGUGUUAAAAAUAUUGAAUGCUAUUAUAAUGGGGAACAUUUUAGGUGGCCUAAAAUGUGGAAAAGUAGGAAAAAAAAAGAAUUUGUCAGGCAAUACAAUGGUGGGGAACCAAGGGAAGCUGCACUUGAAACUCUUACAAGUAGUAGAAGAUUGAAAGAAAAAUGCAAACAAUGCACAUACAAGUUGUCAGGUCAUUUGUGAAGUGAAAAUGAAAUAUAAUUUACACAUUGAUGCCCAUCAUAGUAUUUACUGCUUUAAAAGUUGUAUGUGCCACAGUGAUGUUGACAAAUUAUC